AUGUCGUUAUCACGAAGCUCGCGAGAGCUCGCCCUUCUCUCCCGGCAAUUGGCUCGACCAUGCCGACGCACAGCCCUCAGCUCUCCCCGCAUCGUCGGGAGUGCCAGCAGCCACCCGCAUCCGUGGCGGCGGACGGUCGCGACGUUCACGGCGGCGCACCAGGCCGGCGCCAUAUCGACGAUCAAGAGCGACGUCGACACGGCGUCCGACGAGUUCAAGGAGAACGAGCGGGCCAUGGGGGAGGCGAUGACGCGCCUGGCGGAGCUCACGCGGACGGUGCAGAAGGGCGGCCCGGCGAAGGCGAGGGAGAAGCACCUCGCGCGCAAGAAGAUGCUCCCGCGCGACAGGGUCACGGCGCUGAUUGACCCGGGCACAACGUUCCUGGAGCUGAGCCCGCUGGCGGGCCAUGAGCUGUACCCGGAGGCGGAAGUCCCUUCUGGCGGUAUCAUUACUGGCAUUGGUGUGGUGGAGGGUGUAACGUGCGUGAUUGUUGCGAAUGACAGCACAGUCAAGGGCGGAACAUAUUACCCUAUCACGGUGAAGAAGCACUUGAGGGCGCAAGCUGUUGCGCAGGAGAAUAAUUUACCCUGCAUCUACCUUGUGGAUUCUGGCGGUGCCAACCUGCCGCAUCAGUCAGAUGUAUUCCCCGACCGAGAUCAUUUUGGCCGGAUAUUCUACAACCAGGCGCGCAUGUCUGCAGCCGGCAUUCCACAGAUAUCAGUGGUAAUGGGACCUUGCACGGCGGGCGGUGCAUACGUGCCCGCUAUGAGUGAUGAGAGCAUCAUCGUUGAGAAUCAAGGGCACAUCUUCUUAGCCGGACCUCCACUUGUAAAAGCAGCUACGGGAGAGGUUGUCAGUCCGGAAGAGCUUGGCGGCGGCAAGAUGCAUUCGUCAGUAUCUGGAGUGACCGAUCACUUGGCAGUCGACGAUGCGCAUGCACUUGUGCUUGCACGGCGGUGCGUGAGCAAUUUGAACUGGCCGCAGAAGACAGGUGUCACACCGUCGCAGACGUUUGCAGAACCUCUGUACUCACCUGAGGAGCUUCUGGGCAUUGCAUCAACCAACCUCCGACGGCCGCUGCCCAUCCACGAGGUAAUUGCUCGCAUCGUGGACGGGUCCGCCUUCGCCGAGUUCAAGCGCGACUACGGUACCACCCUAGUGACCGGGUUCGCCUCGAUCUACGGCCAGCGCGUCGGCAUCGUAGCCAACAACGGCAUCCUGUUCAGCUCCUCGGCGCUCAAGGGCGCCCACUUCAUCGAGCUGUGCGCUCAGCGCGGUAUCCCCCUCGUGUUCCUGCAAAACAUCAGCGGCUUCAUGGUUGGCCGGGACGCGGAGCGCGAGGGCAUCGCCAAAAAUGGCGCCAAGCUCGUGACGGCCGUGGCGUGCGCCGACGUGCCCAAGUUCACCGUCGUUGUGGGCGGCAGCUACGGCGCCGGCAACUACGGUAUGUGCGGCCGGGCGUACAGUCCGCGCUUCCUCUGGAUGUGGCCCAACGCGCGCAUCGGCGUCAUGGGCGGUGAGCAGCUGGCCGCCGUCAUGGAGACGGUUGGGCAGAAGGUCGACCCGGCACUCAAGGAGCGUAUUGAGCGCGAGAGCGACGCCGUGUACUCGUCUGCUAGGCUAUGGGACGACGGCGUCAUUCCACCCCAGCAUACCCGCCGCUACCUUGGACUAGGUCUACGGGCCGCCAUGACAGGUCGUAACGACGUGAGGGCGGGCGCCACCAAAUUCGGGGUCUUCAGGAUGUAA